AUUUUUAAUUUUGGCUUGGCGGGCACCAAAGCAGCAGAGCAGCUGCCUGUGGUACCAUUACCAGUAAAGCGACAAGAGGCGUGAGUAGUGGACAAAAAGCUUUCGCUUCGCUCCCUCCCCGAUGCGCUCCUUUACCACAUCAUUUCAAAUGGCCUUUCCUGUUUUUUUACCAUCUCACCCCUCGGCGGCUCAGCCGACGACACUCUCCGUUCGAUCAUGUCCAUUCUCGACAUUCCAUCAGAACCCUCACCCCCCAUCCCACUAAACCUACCCCGUUCCCUCUCAGCCUCUGCAACGCCUUGCGGCGUCAAUGGCCAGGUUGUAACCAAAGCCCGAGGGAAUGAUGUCGAAGCAACCUGGAAGAGAGGCCAGGGCGGAGGCUGUUGUGCUCCUCCUCCUCUUCUCCUCUGCUGCGGCACUGACCACCGAUGGCCUCGCCCUCCUCGCUCUCAAGUCCGCCGUCUCAGUCGACCCUACCGGUGCCCUCGCCAGCUGGCUCGACUCCGACGCCAGCCCCUGCUCCUGGACCGGCAUCACCUGCCGCCUUGACCGCGUCGUCGCCCUUUCCCUCCCCGAUCGCGCCCUCGCCGGCUACCUCCCCUCCGAGCUCUCCCUCCUGUCCGCCCUCGAGUCGCUCGCCCUCCCCGGCAAUCGCCUCUCUGGUCCAAUCCCCGCCGCCCUCGCUGCCCUCGGCGGCCUCGCCGAGCUUGACCUCUCACGCAACAACCUCUCCGGUACCAUCCCGCCCGAACUCGGUCAGCUGACGUCCCUCGCUCACCUCGACCUCUCCUCGAACAUCCUUAGCGGGCUCCUGCCCCCGGCCAUCGCCACCCUUCCGCGCCUCUCCGGCGUGCUGAACCUUUCCUGCAACCUGCUCUCUGGUCCGAUUCCGGCGGCGUUCGGCGACAUUCCGGUCGACGUGAGUCUAGACCUCCGGCAGAAUAACCUCUCCGGCGAGAUCCCGCAGGUUGGGCCCCUCCUCAGCCAGGGACCCACCGCCUUCGCCGAGAACCCAGGCCUCUGCGGCUUUCCUCUGAAGAACCCGUGCACGACCCCGAGGCAAGACCCCAAGAUCCCCCAGCCGAACCCUAACAUCAGUCUGAACCCUAGCGAUGCUACCCCUCGUCCAAUCGAUGCGGAAAAGCGGAGGAGGUCUGCGAGCACGAUCCCCAUCCUCGCCGGUGUCGUGCUGGCUUCCAUCGCCUCGAUCCUCCUCCUUCAGUGGCACUUCCGUCGGCGGAGCGCCUCCGGGGAGGGCAAGGCCUCCAAGAUCGAGAUAGGCUCCUCGCCCGGCUACGGUAGCUCUGCGGUGGGGGGCUCGCGAGCUGAGGAGCGUAGGGAAGGGCACGCGUCGGAGAUUUACGCGGCGGUGGACGAGGGGUUUGGGAUGGAGCUGGAGGAGCUGCUCCGGGCGUCGGCGUACGUGGUGGGGAAGAGCCGGAGCGGGAUCGUGUACAAGGUGGUCGUGAACCGGGGGGCCUCCGCCGUUGCGGUGCGUCGCCUCAGCGAGGCAGACGACGACGACGAUCCCGGGGCCGGAGCAGGCGACGAGUGGCGGCGGCGCCGAGCGUUUGAGUCGGAGGCGAUCACAAUCGGGCGGGCGAAGCAUCCCAAUGUGGUCCGCCUGCUCGCCUACUACUACGCCCCGGACGAGCGCCUACUUAUCUACGACUACAUUCCCAACGGCACGCUGCACGCCGCCCUCCACGGUGGACCUCAAAAUCCGACGGCUUCGACGCUUCCGUGGGCGACGAGGCUGAACAUACUUCAAGGGGUUGCGCGCGGGCUAGCUUACCUGCACGAGUUCAGCCCCCGGAAGCACGCCCACGGGGACAUCACGUCGUCCAAGAUCCUCCUUGACGACGACUUCCGGUCGCACAUCUCCGGCUAUGGCCUCGCUCGUCUCGUCUCCUCCGGGUCUCACCAGAAGCUGGCCCACUCGGCGUCGAAGAAGUUGGCGGUGCCCAGGGCGGGGACCGGGUACCUGGCCCCUGAGGCGCGAGGACCGGGGGCGUCUUCGGCAUCAUCGACGCAGAGAGGGGACGUGUUCGCGUUCGGGGUGGUGGCGCUGGAGGUGGUGACGGGCCGACCGGCGGACGCAGAUCUGGAGGCGUGGGUGCGGGGGGCGUUCAAGGAGGAGCGGCCGCUGUCGGAGGUGGUGGACCCGGCGCUGCUGCACGAGGUGCACGCCAAGCGGGAGGUGCUCGCCGUGUUCCACGUCGCCCUCGGGUGCACCGAGGCCGACCCGGAGCUCCGGCCCCGGAUGCGGACCGUGGCCGAAAGCUUGGACCGGAUCGGCGCGACUCGGUGACCCGGACCGCCCGGUGCGUUUUGUUUGUGUCUUGAACUGCUGUACCUUUCUCUAUGCAUGAGUAGGUAAUAUUUUUAUUUAGAUUAGAGCAGAGAGGAAGGGCUUCUCGUUCUACCCAAAUUGCACGUUAUUUGUGGGGUGGGGCGGCGUUGGUGGUAGUAAUGGUGUUACUGUCGGACCAGUUUUUGCCACUCUGAAAGAAGGUAAAUUUGGGCGUUGGUGGUGGUGGUGGUGGUAAUGGUG